AUGCCUCCAAGAAAGAAGACCAGAAGCAACAACAUAACUUCCCAGGAUGGGCCAAGCCAUGCUGACUCAGAGUCAAGGCAACAUGCCUCUUCUAGAGAAGAAGAACGUGCAAGUGAGGGAACUUUUACCCUCACAGAUCUUGUUGCAGCCAUUCGUGCUAUGGGUGACACCCAGAGGGAGAUGGCAGAGAUGAUAAAAGAACUCAAAAAUUCGGCUCCAAAGCCAAGUGAAGUGAAUGAGAAGCACCCACAGGAGGAAUCUGCUGCUGCCGGAAAGGAGUCUGAGCAGAAGGGACCAUCUUUUGUCACUCAGGAGGACGUUGUUGCCAUGCUGGAAAAGGAGCUGAGUCGAAGUCAGGAAGAUUGGAAGUAUCUUCCUCAGCCGCCGUAUCCAUCAAGCUUACUCCAGCAGCCAUAUCCUAAAGGCUAUGAAGCACCGACCUUUGUCCUCUUUGAUGGACGAAAGGGGAGCCCGAAGGAGCAUGUCAAUCGCUUCAUCGAUGCCUUGGGACCGUAUGCUGGUGAUCAUAAUCUUCGACUUAGAGAAUUUUCAAAGAGUCUCACCGAUCGUGCUUACACAUGGUAUACAACGUUGGCACCAGGCUCUAUUCAUUCCUGGGAAAGUCUGGCAAGCAGGUUCUGUAAGAAGUAUUUCCAGCAUGAAGAACGAGUCACCACCACUCAACUCAACAACACCCGCCAAAAGCAUGGUGAGGAUCCCGUGGACUUUGUACGCAGGUUCCGGGACCUGGCAUUGGAUUGCUAUGAUGAGAAAGACGAGGAGGCGCUUGUUGAAAUUUGCAUCAGCAAUAUCGUGGCAGAUUAUAGAGUGUAUUUGGAGAAUAUUGGCAUUAGUCAAUUUUCUCGGCUGCUGGAAGCUGUGAGGAAGACGAGCAUGUCCGUCAGGCCACCAGGACAAAGGACUUGGAGAAAUGAGAAGAAGGAAGCGCAUCAGACAUUAGCAAUAGAUGACAAGCCAUCCAGCGACUACAAUUCACGCAAACGCAAGGAUAGAGAGACGUAUCCACCACUACCAUGCAAAGAUGAAGAAUUUCAUGCUAUCCUUGACACAAUGAUUGCUGAUGGCGUAAUCAAACCUGUCAGACCCUACAAGGUUCCUACUCGAGAGGAAAAGAAUGAUCCUAGGUACUGCCGUUAUCAUCAAUUUGUGGGGCAUCCAACCACUGCCUGUCAGAGCCUGAGGAGGAUUUUACACGCCAAAAUACAUGAGGGAGUCCUUGAACUUCCCUCUAGGAAGCAAACCAUUGAUGAAGACCCCUUGCCAAAACGAAGGGGAAAGGAGGUAGCCGCUGUCAUUACAUGUUCUGAUGAUUUGCUUGAUGAUGAUGAAUUGUGCCACCCUUGGAGGAAUGACCCAAAGCCGCCGGAAGCCAUAUGGGAACCUUGCGGAAACAUGGAAAAGGCAUAUUGGUGUAAAUAUUCGAGGCCUUCAAGUUACAACACACCAUGGCCACUCGCUGAUGGAUGGGGUGACAACUCAGGGCAGCGAAAUUUUUGUUUUGGACAUGCCGGAAGAACGCUACUCGGGGGCUUUAUCGGAGCAGCAGGAAGCAGCUGCCGUGACAUUUCAUAA